AUGCGGCGCGUCCUUCCCGCCCACGCUAGAAUCACUGACGAUGCCAAGGAGGCCAUCCAGGAGUGCGUCUCCGAGUUCAUUAGCUUCAUCACCACCGAGGCGAACAGGCGGUGCCACCGCGACUACCGGAACACCGUCACGCCUGAGGACGUGCUGGCGACAACGGUGUCGCUGGGUUUCGAUGACUAUUUAGAACCUCUCACCCUUUUUCUCAACAAGCACCGCACACAGCAGGGUCCUGAUCGCGACUCUACGAUUCAGCUACCGCAAUUCGUCAGGCGCGGCAUAAGUGCGACGGACGGUCGGUGGCUUUGUUCAUCAUCAGCAGCAACAUCAACAAGGUGCAUACAUGGUGGGGUAUUAUGUCCCCUUGACGCCGCCUGCUGCUGCUUCAGUCGAAGACGGGGAAUAAAUUGGUGA